AUGGUGCAGCUGUAUAAUCUGCACCCAUUCGGGUCGCAGCAGGUGGUGCCCUGCAAGCUGGAGCCCGAACGGUUCUGCGGCGGGGGCCCUGACGCGCUGUUCGUGGCCGCGGGCUGCAAAGUGGAGGCGUUCGCGGUGGCCGGACAGGAGCUGUGCCAGCCGCGGUGUGCCUUCUCCACGCUGGGCCGGGUGCUGCGCUUGGCCUACAGCGAGGCCGGAGACUAUUUGGUAGCAAUUGAAGAGAAAAACCAAACUACAUUUCUACGUGCUUAUGUGAACUGGAGAAGUAAAAGGACUGAAAAUUCUCGAGUGUGCAUUCGAAUGGUUGGACAUAAUGUGGAGGCACCUUUUCAAGAAACCUUCAGAGACCAGAUGUCUAUUGUUGAAAUGCCCCUUUCUGAGACCCCCUUGUGCAUUUCCUGUUGUCCUGUGAAAGGAGACCUUCUUGUUGGCUGCACAAAUAAGUUAGUCUUAUUUAGUCUGAAGUAUCAGAUUAUUAAUGAAGAAUUCCCAGUACUGGACUUUGAACGUUCUUUAAUUAUACACAUACAUAAUAUAACUCCCAUUGAAAUUUCUUUCUGUGUUGGAUAUGUGGCCGCCAUGUCAGACUUAGAAGUCUUAAUCCUAAAACUGGAGUCAAACCCUAAAAAUGGAGAGAGUGUUCACCACCAUCCACAUGAGCCCAACAGUCCAAUGACACAGGCAGAAGGCACCAAUAAUGAAAAUUUGCAACUUGAGUCAGAUGAUUUUGUUAUCUGCCAGAAGCCAAUGGAACUUAUUGGAAAAAAUAGUGAGCAGUCUGGAGUAUCUGUUACACUGGAGCCAACGGGAUUAGACGAUGAAAAAAUAAAAUAUUUCCAUGUUCAGCAUCUGCUCUAUAGACGUUUUGCUCCUGAUAUUUCGUCCUAUGUCUUGUCUGAUGACAUUAAGUUGCAUUCACUUCAGCUGCUACCCAUUUACCAAACAGAUUCUCUUACUUCUGAGAGAAAAAAUUUGUCUCAGGAAAAGAAGUUGCUGAGUCUCUUUUGUUUUUUCUCAUUGCCUCAUGUGGGCUACCUUUACCUAGUGGUCAAAUCAGUUGAAUUAAUGUCAGUUUACCAAUAUCCUGAGAAGUCUCAACAAGCAGUACUCACGCCACAAUUUUUGCAUGUCAUCACAAGUAACAACCUGCAGUGUUUCACAGUGCGGUGCAGCGCGGCGGCCGCUCGUGAGGAGGACCCGUACGUGGACUCCACCCUGAAGGCUUGCCCACCUGUCAGUAUGGAUAUCUGUGCUUUAAGAAUACAGCUUUUCAUAGGCUUGAAAGCCAUCUGUCACUUUAAAAACCACAUCAUACUUCUGACCAAGGCGGACCCUGAGGCCAUUCCAGAGAGAAGAGAGGCACCGAGGAAGCUUCUUUCUAGAAAAGGUACCAGUGUAAAGCUCAAAACGCCUCCUGUAGCUGAAGCUGGGUGGAAUUUGUAUAUUGUGAAUACAAUCUCACCAGUGCAACUGUACAAAGAAAUGGUAGACUACAGUAAUACCUAUAAAACUGCAAAAACCCAGAGCUGCAUCCACCUUCUUAGUGAGGCCCAUCUGUUAGUGAGAGCUGCCCUGAUGGAUGCCAGUCAGCUGGAACCUGGAGAAAAAGAAGAGCUUUUAGAAGCAUUUAAAGAAAGCUGUGGGCACCUUGGAGAUUGUUACAGCAGGCUUGAUACCCAGUAUUCCCACCUCGCUUUGCCCUACUAUAAGAUGUCUGGUUUGUCUCUGGCUGAAGUUUUGACUCGAGUGGACUGGGCAGUUGAGGAUGGAUCACAGAAAUAUGAGAGAGGGUUAAUCUUUUACAUUAGUCAUUCACUUUAUGAGAACCUGGAUGAAGAAUUAAGUGAAGAAUUAGCUGUAAAAGUGGUUCAGAUGUUUCAUAUGGUUGAGCCAAAGCAGCUGCCCCAUAUCCUCUGUAGUCCUUCUAUGAAGAAUAUUAACCCUUUAACUGCCAUGAGCUAUCUAAGGAAACUGGAUACUUCCGGGUUUUCAUCAAUCUUAGUGACGUUGACCAAGGCAGCAAUGGCUCUGAAAAUGGGAGACCUUGACAUGUACAGAAAUGAAAUGAAAAGCCAUUCAGAGAUGAAAUUAGUAUGUGGCUUUAUUCUUGAACCUCGGCUAUUGAUUCAACAGAAGAAGGAACAGAUGUUUCCAACUGAGCUUGCAGUUCACUUGAAAGAGACCCAGCCUGGGUUGCUUGUGGCUUCAGUCCUGGGGUUGCAGAAGAACAACAAAAUUGGAAUUGAAGAAGCAGAUUCCUUCUUUAAGGUGCUCUGUGGUAAGAAUGGAGAUACAAUUCCUCAGCUCUUGGUAGACUUUUGGGAAGCUCAGCUGAUAGCAUGUCUCCCAGAUGUGCUACUGCAGGAACUCUUUUUCAAGCUCACAUCACAAUACAUCUGGAGAUUAUCGAAGAGGCAGCCCCCUGACACCAUACCAUUGCGAACAUCAAAGGAUCUGAUAAAUGCCUGUAGCCAUUAUGGCUUAAUCUAUCCAUGGGUUAAUGUCUUAAUAACAUCUGAUUCCUUGGCUGACAAAAAUUAUACAGAAGAUCUCUCCAAAUUACAGUCUCUUAUAUGUGGUCCUUCAUUUGACAUAGCUUCCAUUGUUCCGUUCUUGGAGCCCCUCUCAGAAGACACUGUUGCUGGCCUCAGUGUCCAGGUUCUGUGCCGGACACGUCUGAAAGAGUAUGAGCAGUGCAUAGACACACUGCUAGAGAGGUGCCCAGAGGCGGUCAUUCCAUAUGCUAAUCAUGAACUGAAAGAAGAGAAUCGGACUUUAUGGUGGAAAAAACUGCUGCCUGAACUUUGUCAGAGAAUAAAAUGUGGUGGAGAGAAAUAUCAACUUUACCUGUCAUCAUUAAAAGAAACACUGUCAGUUGUUGCUGUGGAACUAGAACUAAGGGACUUCUUGAAUGUCCUUCCAGAAGAUGGCACUGCAGCAUUUUUCUUGCCAUAUCUUCUUUACUGUAGCCGAAAGAAGUCAUUGACUUGA